AGAUUAGUUUUGUAUACCAGUAGUGGGUGUGAAAAGUGAAAACUGAAAAUCCGACGUCCAUAGUGAGCGUGAGCAGUAACAACCUCUGUAGUUAUUGUAGCAGUUUGCAAGUUGAAUUUCCCAUUGAGCUGUUGAGUGUUGAAAGCGCGAAUAUGGAAUCGUCAGUGCCUUGCGGACACUCAAACCCACUUCUCUCAUUCUCCAACUUCAUCCAUCAAAACUGCCACCGCCUCGGCGCCGAGCUCGCCACUCGUUUCAACAACACCAAUAAGCGCUUUGCCGGAACCCUAGAUGCGUCAAUCACUCAACCCAAACAUGCCCUCGCCGCCGCCGCUACUCUCAGCUCCCAGCAGGUGGCCAAGUCCCUCGCCGGCACCAAACUCUUCACCGUCAGCAAUUCCAACAAUGAGUUCGUUCUCAUCUCCGAUGCUGAAGGAGCUAAGUCUAUUGGAUUGCUCUGCUUUCGCCAAGAGGACGCUGAAGCCUUUCUUGCUCAGGUUCGAUCACGGAGAAGAGAACUUCGAGGCAAACCUAGGGUUGUUCCCAUAAAUCUGGACCAGGUAUAUAUGCUGAAGGUUGAAGGCAUUGCAUUCCGAUUUUUACCUGAUCCAAUUCAAAUAAAGAAUGCCAUAGAGCUCAAAGCAGGCAAAGGCAACAAGGGAAGUUUUGAUGGAGUCCCUGUUUUUCAGUCAGACCUCUUGGUUGUGAAGAAAAAGAAUAAGCGUUACUGCCCUGUAUAUUUCUCAAAGGAAGAUAUUGAGCAUGAACUAUCCAAGGUUUCCAGGGCAUCUAGAGGAGUUGGAGUUUCUCAGAAUAUAAUGGUUGGUAGCUUGGAAGAUGUACUGAAAAAAAUGGAGAUGAGCGAAAGGAAUUCAGGAUGGGAAGAUUUAAUUUUUAUUCCACCAGGAAAAAGCCAUUCGCAACACAUACAAGAAAUUGAGGCUUGAUUUACAGGUUGCAAAGUUGAGCUAACCAAAGUUUAUAUGGGGUUUUUAUGAGCAAAUUGGAUGUUGUUACAUUCUAGUCAGAUGAUGUUUUCUUAUAGAUUCUCGGUGGAUGCAAGUUACAUGUGAAUUUGAAAGGACAAAACCGCUAACAUCCAUUAAAGAGGUGGAUGGAAUACCAUUUAAGUGUGUUUAAGCAAUAAUGUUUAUAAGUUAAUAACACGAGAGUUGUACAGUACGGUAUUGUUUUGGCAUACUUACAAACAAUGUAUUCCUUGAAUUCUACUUUUAUGAGUUCAUGCAUAUUCUUUAAGAUGGCUA